CGUUUGGAUCCUGGACUUUGUAUCGCAUAUUUGGAAGCUUCACUCUACGACCGUCGUUGUUGCCCUUCUGAGGACAUCGCGAUUACCUCCACUAUUGUCAGCUGUAGUCAGAGCAAUACUCAUGCCUGGGACGAUAUAUAACAACCUCAUCAUCGCCAACUAUGCCACUUUCGUCGCCGACCUUCGACAAGUUCCGCACAUUGUUAUGGCCACGCAAGCGUGAGCGAGCAUCCUCAAAACCGGACAUCAAUAUGCACGAAUCACCAUCGUCCGGGCUACAGUCUGGUCCGCACUCUGCAGACGCCGAAGCAGCAGCUAGCAAUGCUCACCUCGAUUAUCAAGCUGAAAGCCCUCCUUCUUUCCAGAAUCAUUCAGUCGAAUAUGCAACAUCAACUCGGCAGCAGCCAGCUCCUCAGCUCUCUGAUCUGGACGUCCUGCACACUCGAUUAUCAAACGCCCACCUUCUUGCCCAUCACCAAUUCGAAUUGCAUCCGGCUGGUGGAGUGUCUUACAAGCCUCAUCUGACUAGACUCACCCACCGUGGACGUCAGCCGUCACAUUCGUUGUUGCCACACAUUCAGUCAAAUCCUGAUAAUCGGAGCCAGGUUCCAGUGGAGCUUACACAGAAUGAAAUAGAGAGCUUUCAGUCGCUCGACGUGCCAAGCGCUCUGUGCUGUAUACGCAGAGAAGACGAGAACUUAUAUCAAUUCUUCGUCUACUUCCGAAGUCUGAACGAAGGGGCAGCAAAUGCGGUGUUCAGUAUCCAGGCAGCUCAAGGUGUUGAUAAGACAGUUGGCUUCUUGUUUGUCGCAGUCAGAGACUCUGGAAGAACCGCAACGGUGAUACCAUCUCAAAUGGUCGUCGACAUGGUGCUUCGGGUCAGCAAAGGCCUGCCUAAAAGUCUCAGAUCCGAAGUGAUCGUCGAUGGCUUCAUGGCAGAUGUGCGACCAUUGUUCGUUUCGCCCAAGACAUCGACUUCAACCAGCCAAACUCUCGAGGAGAUUGACCUGGGCAAGCAUCUUAUGGCGCACCUUCCCGUGGUGCUGUUCGACGAAGGGAUGUUUGCACUCAAGGAACUGGUCCCGGCUAUUCGACCGCUGAGCAGCACAGCACAAUUUGGCAUCCUACUACCCAACAUGUCUACAAGUCCGGGGCAAAACAUCACCUUUGAGAUCAAGCCAAAAUGGCUAGCACAGUCGCCAGCCGCACCGCCCGAAGCAAUUCGCUGCCGGACAUGCGCCCUUCAGUUCUCACGAGGAAAAGGCAUACCGAACGACUACAUUUGCCCGUUACGAUUGAGCAAUGAGGAUUCAGCCGCGAACAAUGACAUGAUUCACAUACGACAAUGGGCUACGAACGCCUUGUCGCUGCAACUCAAAGACGAUGCUAACGCGUACUUACCCCAUGAGGUAGCCCUUGAAGCGCUCGUCGACCGUGUAGUCGCCUACUUCACCACUGGUGAUGGCCGAACGCUGCUACUCCACCUCAAGAAGCUUCAGGCAACCCUGGAUUCGGAGGGUAUACUGCAGCGCUACGCACGCCCUCGCGACGACUUCAACUUUGUGUACGACCUUCGUCUGGCCAUGACUUUACGAGACUGCUCCCUGUUCGUGGUUGUACCUGUCUAUGACGGCGAAAUCACCUCCAAACUCGCGGAUCUCGAUUUCAAGUCUGCAGAGAAGAUUGACGAUUGGAGAGACAAAGAGGCGACUUUAGUCAAUGAAGGCUGGUAUGUGAAAAGUCCUGAAGCGCAUGAUGUGUGCUUGCUGGCGCCGGGGAAGUUGACUUGACCGUUCUGAGUUUGACCUGUCUAACUUUGUAAGCCAAGAACUUUGGUUGUCAAGGGUAUACCUUUACAUGUUUUGAGGGCCUUUUGAAUCCUGAGGAUGCAUUUGGCAGU